CACAUGUGUAGGGGAAUGGGCAACCUUGUUAUGCCCAUGAGCCCAUCCCAGUUGGUGUCUGUCUGCUCUUUAAAACAACUAGAGAGAGCGCUCCUUCCUUCCAUCCUUCGUAUUCAAAACCAGCCAUCUUUCUUACACAGAAGAAGGAGCGUAUCAGCUGCUGCUGCCAUGGAAAGCUCCAAACCUCUCUCCACCGAGAGUUUCUCCUACAGCUGGCUAAUAAACCUCAGACCCUCGUUCGAAAGCCUGGGCGAUUCCUUCAGGGCUUCCCUUGAUGCCUCCGACGAAACCUCCUCCUUCAUAGAGAUGGACCCAUGGCUGACACCCUCCAAGAGAUUCCUGGGCGACGCCCAGGAUUUCAGUUUCGACUUCCCCGUCUCGAAAUCUCCCCUGAGUGAUCUGGUUGACGCCGACGAGCUCUUCUCGAACGGCCUCCUCAUGCCUUUCUUUCACGACAACCCAGCGAAGGCCUCGGAUUCUGUUCCAACACCGCUCAGGUCCUCGUCGGAGUCCUCAAAGCUCGUACUCUCGACCAGCCGGAGUGCUUGUCCUUUCCUCGGAAGGUGGCAGCGGUCGUCCAAGAGAAUCUUUCAGAAGUACAUGGGUUUCCUCAGACCCCUGUACAAAAAGCUUCGAGUCUUGAGAUUAGGUGCCAGAGGGGAGAUUACCGAUGCAAGGGUACGUCCUUUCGUUAAAAGCUGGGACGAGUCGCCAUUACAGACGUCGCCCAGAGCGAGUAGUGCAUAUCCCACCGGUGAUUGGUGCGCCAUUGAGAGCUCCAUCCACGAAGCAGUUCUCCAUUGCAAAAAGUCCAUCGAAAAAUGAGAGAGAAUGUUGGACAGACGAAGAGGAAAAGGGAAAGAAAGGAGUGGGAGACAAGAUACAUGUGGAAAGUAGAGCGUGGGGGGUCUGCAAGGAGAUCGAUCCUUUCUUUACAUUCGCUUGGUUUUUGUCUCUUUUUCCUUUAGUGUAAAUCUUUGUCAUUUAAGGUAGGAGUAGAAAUUCGUGGCUGAUCGGCCCUGAACAUUUAUUCCGUUCAAAAAUUUAUAUAACAGAAAGGAAAACAAAUUAAUAGAAUUAAUUUUUCUU